GAUCUUCCGUCCAUUUUCAUUUGCAAAUUCUAAAAAACGACGACGGAAUACAAAAAAUCUCGCCUUUUUGUCGGUUACAAAUAUAUCUUGUACUAGAUAAUGUAAGUGAUUUACGGUUUAUACAGUCAAAGUUUAAUUUUUACUGUUUGUGAAAUCGACCUCCGCCAGGACAGCUGUUUAACGAUAAAAAACAACCAAAAAGUAUAUGAAACAAAACAUUUGACCACAAAAUGGAGGAUGAGAAUGAAUACAAGAAGCUACCGACAGACGAGAAAUGUGUUCACAAACUCUGGAAAGCCCGUGUUGCGGGCUAUGAGGAAGCCAUUAAGCUCUUCAACCAGAUUGACGAUGAGAAGAGCCCGGAAUGGAACAAGUAUUUGGGGCUUAUCAAGAAAUUUGUGACGGAUAGCAAUGCUGUCGCCCAAGAAAAAGGUAUGGAAGCCGCAUUGGUGUUUGUGGAAAAUUGCGGGCAUGCCGGCAAGACAACAGGCGAGGUUAUGUCCGGCAUUGUGGCCAAGUGCAUCGCGGCGCCCAAGACGAAGACCAAGGAUUUGGCUUUACAGAUCACCCUUAUGUACGUCGAAAUAGAAAAACACGAGAUCGUCCAAGAAGAGCUAAUGAAGGGCAUGGAACAGAAGAACCCCAAAGUUGUUGCCGCCUGCAUUACCACAAUGAACACGGCGCUCAAACAGUUCGGGAACAAAGUUAUCACCAUCAAGCCGAUGGUGAAGAAGAUUCCAGUGUUGCUGGCUGAUAGGGAUAAAGGAGUUAGGGAUGAAAUGAAAGCGUUAGUCGUUGAGAUGCACAGAUGGAUCGGAGGUGCCAUAGAACCGCACAUCGCUACUCUACAAGCCGUAGUGCAACAGGAAUUAAGGGACUCUUUUACGACGGGAGGCGCCCAGCCCACCAGGUACUUGAGGUCGCAGCAACACAGAGUGAGGGACACGCCUGCCGCGGACACGGGAGACGGCGCCGUAGAAGACGACGAUGUAGAUGCAGCGGCCGGCGACACCGCCGACAUGGACCCCUACGAUCUCCUCGACCCCGUCGAAAUCCUCUCCAAGCUACCAAAAGACUUCUACGACAAACUGGAAGCGACUAAGUGGCAGGACCGAAAGGAGGCGCUAGAUGCCUUAGAUAAUAUUUUGAAGACAGCUCCGAGAUUGGAACCGGGAGAUUAUGCUGAUUUAGUCAGGGCUUUAAAGAAGGUCAUAUCAAAAGACAGCAAUGUAAUGCUUGUCGCUCUCGGAGGCCGCCUGCUGGCAGCUGUAGCAUCUGGUCUCCGGAACAAAUUCCAGCCGUACGCUACAGCGUGUGUACAGGCGAUUCUUGAGAAGUUUAAGGAGAAGAAAACUAAUGUGGUGACUGCACUGAGAGAGGCUAUAGACGCCAUUUAUCCUGCUACAAAUCUUGAGGCCAUAAUGGAGGACAUGUUAGCCGCAUUCGACAAUAAGAACCCGUCGAUCAAGGCCGAAAGCGCAGUAUUCCUUGCACGCGCGCUUACCGUCACGCAGCCCGCCGCCUUCAACAAGAAACUCAUCAAGGCGUACGUCGGGGGACUGAUGAAACUCAUGGAGAGUGCCGACCCGGCCGUACGUGAGGCCGCGGCCGAGGCGCUCGGCACGGCCACUAAGCUAGUCGGCGAGAAGAGCAUCGCCCCGCACAUCGGGAAAUUGGAGCCGCUGAAAGAACAGAAGAUUAAGGAGUUUGCUGAUAAGGCGGAGAUCAAGGUGAAGGUGGGCGGGCCCAAGAAGGAGGCGAAGGGCAAGGCGCCCGCGGCCUCCGCGCGCGGCGACCAGCCCGCCCGCCCCGCCGCCGCCGCCAAGCCCGCCAGGAAGCCCGCGGGAGCAGCUAAGAAACCUGGCGGUGCGAAGAAAGCGACUCGGGCGCAGCCCAGCCCGCCGCGCGAGCCCGAGCUGUCGCAGGAGGAGGUCGACGCCAGGGCCGAAGCUUUCUUGUCUGCCGGUGUAGUCUCAGGUCUCGGCGACGGCAACUGGAAGACCCGGCUGACCGCCGUGCAAGGCUUCCACUCCACCAUCCAAGGCCUGGCAGCCGAGGACGCCUCCGCACAAGUACUGUACCGCAUACUCAACAAGAAGCCGGGCCUCAAGGACACGAACGUGCAAGUCAUGAAGGCUAGGCUCGAGGCCUGCAAAUACAUUACGGAAAACUUCCCUAUUUCUACCACGGCAGCGGACUUCGUCCUCCACGACGUGGUAGCCAAGCUCGGCGAAGCCUCCUGCGGGGCCAUCGCCACCGACUGCCUCACGGCUCUGGCCGACGCGUGCGGCUUCGAGCACGUGCUCAACGAAGGAUUGAGUUAUGCCAUGGACUCGCAGAAGAACCCGAAGGUCCAGUCAGAAAUGUUCAACUGGAUGAGCAGUGCUAUCAAGGAGUUUGGAUUUACAAUGAAAAUCCAAUCCAUCGUAGCGCAUUCAAAGAAAGCGCUCUCCGCCACCAACCCCAACGUCCGAACCUCCACCGUGAACUUCCUCGGCAUACUGUCUCUGUAUGUGGGUCCGUCGCUCAUCACCCACUUCGACAGCGAGAAACCCGCCACAAAGCAGCUUAUAACGUUGGAGAUGGACAAACAUGCCAACAGCUCUCCACCUACGCCUACAAGGCAGCCUGGGAAAGUUAGCAAGUCUGCAAGCAAAGGCUCUGUAGGCGACGACCUCGACGAGCCUUACGAAGAGGAAGAGGAACCGGCCGUGGUGGAGGACAGCCGCCCCCGCACAGACAUCGCGCCGCUCAUCACGGACGCACUCGUCGCUGAAAUCAACGACAAAAACUGGAAGGUCCGCAAUGAAGCCCUCGACAAGUUAAAAGCCAUCAUCACAAACUCCUCGCCGAUCAAGCCGACCCUAGGCGAGCUGCCGCCCGCUCUCGUCGCCAGGUUGCUAGAUUCCAACUCCAAGUUGGCUCAGAGCGCGCUACAGAUCUGUGAGCAACUCGCAACUGCUAUCGGACCUAAGUGCAAGACUCACGUUAGGACGUUCUUCCCUGCUUUCUUCCAAGCAUUCGGCGACAACAAGCAGUGGAUCCGCGCCGCCGCCGUGUCGUGCGUGGCGACGUGGUGCUGCACGGCCGGGCCGCACGCGCCGCUGGACGGCGAGAUGCUGCUGGACGCGCUCAAGGCCGGCUCGCCCGUGCUCCGGGCCUCGCUGCUGCAGUGGCUGGCGGACCACUUGCCUAACGUACCUCCGAAGUCCUUCCCCCGCGAGGAACUGUCAUCAUGCCUGCUCACUCUGUACGCGUGCAUCGAGGACCGCGCCGCCGACGUGAGGAAAGCCGCCGGUGACUGCGUGCUGCCCUUCAUGCUGCAUCUAGGAUAUGACUCCAUGCACAAACAACUUGAGAAAUUAAAGCCGGCGUCGAAGCCGGUGGUGCUGGCGGCGCUGGACAAGGCGCGGCCCAGCCUGCCCGUGCAGCCGCUGCCCAGCAAGGGCAAGAAGGACGAGCCGCGCGGCGUCAAGACUGCCGGCGCGCUCAAGAAGGAAGCCGACAAGAAGGGCGCCGCGACUGCCAAGGGCAAGGGCCCGGCUAAGCCAGCGUCGGCUUCCAGCCGCGGAAAGAAAGACGACGAGGACCUCACGCCGCUGCUGCCGCAGAACAACGCCAAGAACCAGCGCAUCAUUGAUGACCAGAAGCUUAAAGUGCUGAAGUGGAACUUCACAGUGCCGCGCGAGGAGUUCUUUGAGCUGCUGAAGGAUCAGAUGGCGACCGCAGGGCUGAACAAGCAACUGGUCGCCAACAUGUUCCAUAAUGAUUUCAGAUAUCACCUAAAAGCAAUAGAAUCCCUCUCGGAUGACCUCCACGAGAACGGACCGGCCCUCAUGUGCAACCUGGACUUGGUCCUAAAAUGGCUGACGCUGCGCUUCUUCGACACCAACCCCUCCGUCAUCCUCAAGGGGCUGGAGUACCUCGCUACGGUGUUCCAGUUCCUGAGUGAUAAUGAUUAUACCAUGGCAGAGUAUGAGGCUAAUUGCUUUAUACCGUAUUUGAUAUUGAAGGUCGGAGAUCCCAAGGACACCAUUCGCAACAGCGUCAAAGCCCUGUUCAAGCAGAUUUGCGUCGUCUAUUCCGUCACGAAGCUCUUCGGGUAUCUGAUGGAGGGCCUGAAAUCAAAGAACGCUAGGCAAAGAGCCGAAUGCCUGGAGUGUAUCGGAAGCCUAAUCGAGACUUACGGCUGGACGGCAAUGUCUCCGUCCGGCACGGUAGCCUUAAAGGAACUGGCUCGACAUAUCGGGGACCGCGACAACGCCGUCCGCUCCGCCGCGCUCAACUGCGUCGCGUGUGCUUACUUCCUGGAGGGCGAGAAGAUAUAUAAGAUGAUUGGACAGAUCUCCGACAAGGACCUGUCGCUCCUCGAGGAGCGCAUCAAGCGAGCGAGCAAGAACCGCAGCGCGGAGGUCCGCAGGUCCAUGGUUGUGCCGCUGUCGGCGACGGGGCGGCCCAUACAACAGCAGGCAGAGGAAAUGGAGCCCCCGAUCGCGGAAGAGCCACCGCAGCAAGAGGAAUACGAGGAGGAGGAAGAGGAGGAACCCGCUCCCCCGCAGCCGACGAGGCCAGUGGCUCCACGAGUCAUCUUCGGGCCUUUCGGACUGGACCCGGAGCUGAUCGCCAAGCUGGACGCGGCCGUGCCCGUGCUGCGGCGGCCGGAGCUGCCGGAGCACGACCUCAAGUUCCUGGACGAGCCCAUCCCCGUGCGGCCCAACAAGCCCGUCGGCCAGCCCACAGCCCCCGCCAGCAUGGCGCUGACGUCGCCGCACCCCGCGGCGCCGCUGCCGCACCUGCUCGUGGCGCCGCAGCCCGCCGCCGUGGACGACGCGCUGCUCGCCGACACCAUACAUUCUAUCGCCAGUCCGGACCUCAAUGCCGCGAUCCGCGCGAUGUCCCUAAUCUCCAACGCUAUAGUGUCCGGGCGUGGAGCGGCUCUCGGCGCCCACGAGCAGCGCCUCGUCUCCUCUGUCGCGACGCAGAUCCGGCGCCUGCGCACGUCCGCGCGCGCGCCGCUGCAGACCCUGCCCGCCUACAAGUGCAUCGCCGGCGCGCUCAUUGCGUUCUACGAGACUGGCGGCUGCGGCAUGAACGUGGACUCCACCGCCCUCUGUUCGCUGCUCUGCGAACUACUUCGCCUGCUGAGCGGCGGCGCCGUAGCUACCGGCCAAGACGGGGAGCGACUCGUGCGCAUCCUCAACAACGUCUGCGUCAGGGUGCUGGAGCACUCGCCGCGGACACAACUGCUCUGCGCCAUCGUGUCCCUCCUCCACGAAUCCAUCGGUGUCACGGACCCCGCCUACCCUCGCUACCAAGACCUACUCCUCAAAUGCUUCUGGAAGACCCUCAAGAUGAUUUCCACCUGGGACGUCAACUCGAUCGACUAUGAUGCCGUGUUGUACAAGAUACAUCUGUUCUAUAAGGCGUAUCCGAAUAGCUAUUGGAAGAAAAAUCCGGAUAUCAGCGACACUCCGUACAGAACCGUAAAAACGCUGGUGCACACUCUAGUCAAGAUGAAGGGCGCGUCCAUCACCAACCACCUCACGCAGGUCCCCGACGUCAACGACUCCGACCUCUACCCCUACCUGCUGAAGGUGCUCAAGCAACUGAAACUAGACGAGAAGAAAGAAAACACGCCGGACGCCCUAAACGGCGCGUCACUGCUACAAUCCAUGACGGGCAACUCGGCGCCGCUCAGCGCGACUUCGAGAUUGCCCCGCGCUGUUCACGAGGAACUAGCGCUGAUACUGAAGCGUAUAGGCAGCAAGGAGCACAAUAGAGAAGCACUCGCUCACCUUUACGACCUCCGCGAGCGGCACCCUGAAGUGGACAUCUGGACGUUCAUGCAAGGUUCUUCGUUCUAUUUCCGCAAUUACGUCGAGCGCGGGCUGCGCGAGGUCGCCGAGCAGAGGAAAAUGAACUCUAUGCCCAUGUACAAACACGACUACAAAUCGGAAAACAUUGAUAUAAGUAAUGAAACGGAGGAGAAAUCUCAUUUAGUAUUCAUGGAGCGAUUAAGAGCUUUGCAGGCCAAAGCGGGCAUGAAGACAGAAUCAGCGCCAACAUCACAACCCCGCACGCCGGUGGACAACCGCGGCCUGCAGGACGCCAUCAUCGAGCACAGCCUGCCGCGCGCGCACAGCAUCGACCCGCAGCUAGAGCUCCACUCGACGCAGCCGAUGUCACACAAAAACGAGGCGGCAGUCGACGCGCUCCGCCUCAAACUGCAACAGAUCAAAAGCUCCUCCAAAAGAUAAGGACGCCACGCUCUCCCCAGGCAGCUCCCUGAACCAUCCCGGCGUUACGUUAACCUUUACAACGUCUCGUCUAUAGCUGAAGUACAAAAAAUAACACCAUCUGUUGUUUACGUAAACCUGUGAGUGCGAUAGAAAACGCGUGAGUCGAACUUUUUGCGCUCCAGUCUAAGAGUUUCCAUGUCAGGCUAGUCACCAUUCUCGUGCGACGAUGGCGUGUUAAAGGUUAAUGUUAUAAUCAUUUAUCCGAUCGGCAAUCUUGUAAAAAUUUGCAAUAGCAUUACCCGUUUCAGACCUACAAAAGUUGUUUAUACCAACUGAAAAUGAAGUCUGUUGACAUUUAUUAAUAUUAUCACAGAUUGGACGGGUCUGAAUGGGAUGAAGUACUUGUUGUCAUUGUGUGGGUGAAUAGUGAAAACUGUUGUUUUUUAACUUGCAUGGUAAAUUUGUUAUCGAAAUGACAACAAGACAUUUCGUAAUAGAGAUUGCCUACCUUCAUUCAAAUCGACAAUACAAAACAUGACAAUUUCACGUACCCACUAAUUUCUUAGUUAGUUCCUAUCGAUUUUAGUAUUAAUUAUCUUGUAAAAGGCCUAUGUGUUUGGAAUUGGAAAUGUUAGCGUCCACGACUUAAUGAAAGUUUUGCGCAUGACCUGAAAAACAGCCUAUACAGGGUAAAAUAUGCUUCAGACGUGCGUAAUACGCCUCAUUUUUCUCUUCAAAUGAAUUGUGUAAAUGAACUUAAACUUUUCAGUUGAUGUGAUGACGUCAUUAUUGGUCAUCAGGGACUACUACAUACAAAUGCCUAUAUUAGAUAUUAAUACAGUUAAUUUGGCUUUUGAGAUGUUGGUCAUAUGUUACGCGAAGCGGACUUAAGCAUAUAUGCUCGAUGAGCAGGUCUACACCGUUCGAGUUCUUGAAGGAUAAUAAAGCGAUUAAAUCGUUGAAAAAGAUUUUACAUCAAACUAAAUGUUUUACCAAGCUUUUAUUAUACUUGCAAUGUAACUAUGUAUGUUUGUACGGGUCAAAUCUUGCAAGUUAAAUUUGAACCACUUCCCGGUUUCCAAUGAAGCUGAAAAACAUUCAUAUGUAAGUCGGGUGACAAUGCAAUAUUAUGGUACUAUCGAGCUGAUCUGAUGGAGGAGACAGGAAGUGGCCAUGGGAACUCUGUGAUAAGACAACGCAAGCUAAUUGUGUUUUGGGUUUUUAGAAUUGUCUCGAUGAGUAUUAGUUGUCUGUGGAAAAAAGUACAGUCAGCGAUAAAAGCUUGUACCAAAAAUGAAAUUUUUGACAAACUUUUUAAGAUAUAUUCGAUGUAGACUUACUUAUUGAGAAGCGAAGUCUUGCCUAUAGACUCAUUAAGUCGGUAUGACGGUUGUUUUUAAAUAAUGACGAAUGAUUUUAAACAUUAGCGAGGUGAAACUAAUCAUAGUUGACAUGAGAUGUAUACUUAUUUCUAAAUCGUAGGUUGUUACCAUCGUGUCUUCAAUGUUAUGGAUAUGUCUGUGUCUGAGCACUAGAUUGCACUUCAAAAUGCCCCAUUCAAUGUAUCUAAAACGAAUAAAUAAAAUGUCAAUAUCGUGUUGUAUUCCCAACUAUCCCAGCCGGGCACAAAUGGGAAGGAUCCAUUCCCAUUUGUGCCCGGCGGGGACAGAUGGGUAUACACCAAAAUCAUGUUCAUGAUAACUUAUCUGUAAAAAUCUUGUAUUCGACGACUACUGUAAGCAGUUCGUAAUAACCAUGAUAGAUCAAAUUUAUCUGUGUAUAAAUUAAAUAUUUAGUAAUUUUGUAACCAUGUAAAACUAGCCAAAACACAAUAUUUACGAAUAUUAAUAUAGACUAAUUCCAUUGCUGAAAUUUAUAAUGAUAUUAUUUUGUAUGUUUAUGAGAUCAAUGUAGUUUUCAUCACGCAUGAAGACAAUUAUUGACGAUUCACGCGUAUUCUCUUAAUAGAUAUUGUUAUUUAUGUAUGAUGACUAGAUCAGGAAUAAUUAACAUAAUACUGAUCGAAACUACGGGACAUGUUAUCGAUAAAGUUGCAUCCACACCGCAGUUAACGUGGAGCAACACUAGGUAAGUCGGCGAAUGUUACCAUGUUUUUAGUGUUGCUGUAUACAAAUUAACUGUGGUGUGAAUGCACCUUAACCCAAGCAUCUUGUCUGUUUUAAGUCCUUGCCUAAUUCCUGAUCAAGUUUUAUUUGAGCGUUUUCGAUGUUUCUAAGACUGUUUUCGAGUUAAUGUUUUAAUGUAAUACUCAUGUUAUGGUUUGUUGAAGCGAGUAGAGGUCAUCCAGUAGGUUUGUAAAAAACUUGGUUAAGCUGCGAUGAGGCCAUAGUUUAUAGUUUAUUUUACUUCAUUUACUUAAAAUAAUGUUAUACUUAUAAUUAUAGUAAUUUCGCGACUUGUGGGCAAAACUAAACCUACAUAAAAUAAAAUAAAAAACAUUCCCUUUCCAGUAUUGGUUCGAUGUACAAAAUAUUCAUAUCUCAUUCUUCAUUCAUUAUUUAAACUAGUCCCCCUAUUCCAUUAUAAAAUUGUUAGUUUGGGGCGUAAAAGUAAUGGUUCUGUAUCGUAUCCAAAUAGACCACCUAGCCUGAUAGUUAAACUACUGUUACAUAUAUUUUCAUUAUCACGUGUUCUUUAGGUAUAGAAGUAGGAGUCGCAUACUGGUUGAGCGCCUUAUCAUUUGCCUGUUUAAUAUUUUAAGGGCCUAGUUAUAACAGGUGUUAAAGACGCAUAAAGAUAAGUACACAAAGAGGGCAGUUUUAUUAUUCUGCAGCAUGCUGAGAAGAGAAAUGAUUCGGUCAAGUUCUGUUCUAAUGUAUGGAGAAGACAAACAAAUUAUAUCCAGCUUGAAACGAAUGUAGUAUGAUACCUUUGGGGAUGGUGCUUUACGCAAGCUAGCGUCCCCUCAAAAGGGCUGUUGAAUGCUUGUGGGAGAUCAUAAGUGUAAACGCGUCUCAAAUGCAGCUUUAUAAAUAGUGCAUCUCAUAUAACUGGGUCGUAUUUGCUAUGCUUUAAACUACCUUAUAGCCCAAAUCUUUGAUUGUGUCCAAAACUGAAGGCAUGUUUAUAUUAAGCCUUGCUUUGUUUCUUUAGUCUAGCGGUUGUAUCUACUUUGUUUUUAACAGAUUUGACUUCAUUAAUUACGAGCAUUUAUUUAUUACAUGUAAAUUAAUGUAUUAAAAUCAUGAUUAGCUAUUAUUAAUUAUAAAGUUCAUACGACACUGAA